GAUGAGUCCACAACAUGCGCAGUCUGUCUGUGCCAGCUUUAGCUUAGACUGAAAACGCACAUUCAGACGCCUCUAUCUCCACCUCCCUCCCUCCCUCAAAACCCACGCAGCUAUCACAGAAACGGCAAGCAAACAUGUCAUCAGACGAGGAAGGAGGAGAGGAGUACUUGUUCAAGAUCGUGAUAAUUGGGGAUUCUGCAGUGGGAAAAUCAAAUCUACUUUCUCGAUAUGCAAGAAAUGAGUUCAAUUUGCAUUCAAAAGCCACAAUAGGAGUGGAGUUUCAGACCCAGAGCAUGGAAAUUGAUGGAAAAGAAGUUAAGGCUCAGAUUUGGGACACUGCCGGUCAGGAGAGGUUUAGGGCUGUUACUUCCGCUUACUAUAGAGGUGCUGUCGGUGCUCUCAUUGUUUAUGAUAUCAGUCGCCGUACUACUUUUGAUAGUGUCGGUCGAUGGCUUGAUGAGCUUAAAACCCAUUCAGAUACAACUGUAGCAAUGAUGCUGGUUGGAAACAAAUGUGAUUUGGAGAAUAUCAGGGAUGUUAGUGUGGAGGAAGCCAAAUGCCUCGCAGAAGCAGAAGGCUUAUUCUUCAUGGAAACAUCUGCCCUCGACUCAACAAAUGUUAAAAAGGCUUUUGAGAUAGUUAUUCGAGAGAUAUACAACAAUGUGAGCAGGAAGGUCUUGAAUUCUGAUACAUACAAAGCUGAAUUGUCUCUGAAUAGGGUAACCCUUGUUAAUAAUGGGAAUGAUUCCAAGCAAGCUCAGAGCUACUUUUCCUGCUGCUCCAGGUGAUCUCAGUUCUUCUCAUCUCCAACAAGUGUACAAGUUACGGGAUUUUACAUGGUUGGUUUGAUUCAAUUUGGAUGGUUGGUUUGUUUUAUUUAAUUGUUAUGACAUCAGGGCUUUAUUAAUUGCCAAAUAACUUGAUAUUUAUAGAAAUGAAAUUGUUUAAUUCAAGAUAAAAGAAAGGGGUCAAGCUCUUUGUGCUCUAGAUAGUAGUCAUGUAAUUGCACAAAAGAAAGCGAACGGUCAUAAUCCUUUGUGAGCUUGUUUUUUAGUGGAAGUUUCACACGUAGCUCUUGAAA